GCAAUAUUAGACCUUUCGAAAGUCUUCUUGUAGCUAAAAAAGUUCCUGCAACUCGCAUUCGUUCCUAAAUACUCUUCGGCCUCACACACACACAAUCAGACCGUUUUCGAUCCUUAUGCAAGUAAAAGUAUACACAUGUUCGUCAUCAUCUUCACACCUUCACUCACCAUGGACACCAAUUCGCAAACUCAAGAUUAGACCGAAAACCUCUCUUAAACCCUUAACUCUCUCAAACUCUUUAAAAACCUCCAGCUUCAACCAUGAAUUUCAAGAAGAAGAAAAACUAAAACUCAUCCUCAACAACAGUAGUGCUCAAGAAAUAGUCAGUCUCCCAGUUGUAAUCCGACACUCAGGAGCUGUUUCAAGGUACUUUUGGGAUGGAGAUGACCUGAAACUUGCCUCUGUUGAUGGGGUUAAUGCAUUUUCUCUUAGGGAUUUUUCUCUUGAUAUUGGUGGUGGGGUGAGGAAAUUGAGCAGAAUUUGUGGGUCUGCUGUGAGGGACUUUUUUCUGCCCAGGGAAGUGUCUAAUAAUUACUUAGGAUAUGUGAAAUGGAAAUUCUUGCAUAGAGUUUUCAGCUCUGCUCUUCAGGUUCUUGCUACUCAGGCAAUGUUUCGUGCAAUUGGGAUUGGUAAAUCUCGUUCACUUGCAUCUGCUGCUGCCCUAAAUUGGCUCUUGAAGGAAGGACUUGGGAGGCUGAGCAGAUGCAUCUAUACUGCUACCCUUGCGUCUGCUUUCGAUACCAAUCUGAAGAGGGUUAGGUUCUCAACAUCUGUUCUGUUUAGUUUGAGCAUUGGAGUUGAGUUGUUGACUCCAGUCUUCCCCGAGUACUUCCUGCUUCUUGCAACAAUUGCAAACAUUGCAAAGCAGAUAUGCCUGGCCUGCUACUUAGCAACUGGUACUACUGUUCACCAAAGCUUUGCGAUUGCAGACAAUCUUGGAGAAGUUUCUGCAAAGGCCCAGAUCCAAACAGUGUGCUUCGAUAAUCUUGGCCUGAUGCUUGCUGCAAUCUUGAACAUUUUGUUUAAAAACAAUCAAAGAUUGCAAGCAGGUCUACCAUUUGUCGUGUACCCAAUCUUCUCAGCUAUUGAUCUUUUUGGCAUUUAUCAAGGGCUAAAACAUGUACAUCUGCAAACAUUAACUAAGGAUAGGCUUGAGAUAAUAAUGAACACCUGGAUUAAUCUGGGAUACGUUCCUUCUCCAGCUGAAGUGAGUAAAGAGGAAGGCAUUGAUCUCUUUUGGAGCAAAGGCAGGGAGCUUUUGCCUAUAAGAAUUGGUUGCUUAAAUCCCAAGAGGCAAAUACCGAAGCUAUCAAUGAUGACAAUGCGUUCAUUAAAUGAUAAGGAUUUUUACUUCAUAUGCAUGGAGAGCGUUACUAAAGGAUUCAACAAAAUAGGGGAUCAUGGCGUUCUUCUUUGUCUACGGGAAGGUGCUGGCACUUCAGAUGUUAUCAUGGGUUUAUUGCAGGCAAGUUACAUCCGCAAGAGUCUCCUACUAAACAGGAUCAGUUGGGAGAAUGAUUUUGAAGGAUGUGAUUUCUGGGAGUCAAAUAUCAGGCUCUGGCUUAAUUUGAAGGAAGAAAGCAAGCAAAAUGCACAAGUUAAUGUCGCCGUUCUGAAUGAGCAGAUGUCAAGAUUGGGUUGGGCAUGUAAAAACAUUCUUUUGAGCACAAUGGAACAGGCACGAUAUAGUUUUGUAGCCAACUGAUUUUGUGUUUUCCUUUCGUUUGCUUCUAGAAAUUCUUGAGAGAGUAAAGGGGAGCUGAAGGGGAAAAAAGGGGUAAAUUUUGUCGAUUUUUAUCUUAGAAAUUUGUUUUCUUUCUUCAAAAGUUCUGCUUACUUUCUUUUCCUGGAGAAUUGGGUUUCCUGAAAAAUGAAAAGCAAUCUCUUUCUAUUCUCA